AUGAAUUCGCAUGACAGCAACGUGAGCACGGAGGAAAAUGUCGGAUUUGAGUGGAGCGCUCAGUUCACUAAAAGUGCAAGUGAGUUUGCGCUGAAGCGGAAUGACAUUGGCGGGAAACGUGACAGGAAUACUUCCGCAGUUUCGUGGAAUACUCGAAUGACUGAUAAAUUAGAUGGAUAUUCGUACAAGGAGAAGGAAAAUGUUAUGUAA